AUGCCCGCUGCCGCGACGGUUAAUUCCUUCCAAGGCCGCGAGGCUGACAUCAUGGUGGUCAUUCUUAGAACUACUAAAGAAGUCGGCCCUGGUUUUACCGUCGAUAAGAAUCGCCUUAAUGUCAUGUUAAGCCGUCAAAAGAGCGGUCUGUUGGUUUUCGGCGACCUUUACGUCUUGGGCAAGGUGGACGAGCAGAGGGAAAUGCAGGCGGCCGAAGGCAGAGGUCAAGGCAGAGGCCAGGGUAAGCAGAGGACUUUGGUCACGCUGGGUGGCGCCACGCACUUCGUGAAGCGCGGAAUGCUGGACAAAGUGCUGCAAAAUUGGGCUGAUACCGGGCGUGUCGUUGAGUUAACAGAGUAG